CGAUAGUGCUGCUCACAAAACGUUAAAAAAAAAAAAGCGCACACACACCAGUGCUACAGCUGAAAUUAUCUCUUUAUCACACACACACACACACACACACACACACACACUUUAUAACACACUGAUGUAGAGAAGGGGACUGGUGUAUGUCAUCACACGUCUGUCCAUCAUGACGCCACUGUGGGGGUGUUUCAUUGUAUAAGCCCCGCCUUUCAAACAGUGCAUUAUGUUAAAUAACAGGGCAUUCAUGUAGGAUUUGUACUAUACUGUUUUUGGGGCAAGGCCACGAAAUGGAGGGCACUUUCAGUAGUGCCCUAUAUAGUGAGCAGGUGAGUUUUUGGACUUGCUCUAGGUUUAGCACGCUACAUAUUAAAAGCAGAACAUGAAUUGCUCUGAAGUCAUGGGGGCUGAUUUGACGUGUGGCACACGGUGGAAAUAAUGAGUGUGUGUGUGUGUGUGUGUGUGAGAGAGAGAGAGAGAGAGACCACAAGGCAUCAAGGGAGCGAUUUGCCCUUUAAGUCGAUGAACUGAUGGCCAAAGUGGCACCCUGUGGGUCUGGACAGGAUCCAGCUUUGUGUUGGAGAGCCUACAGGUUCUUUCUGUCUCUCUCUCCCACACACAAACACAUUGAGCGAGAGGAGGUGAAGGUCGAUCGAACGUCCGAGCCAUGGGAAAGCGGCCGAGCCAGCAGGAGCUUGGGACGGUCUUACCUCAGCCCGUUUUCCCGGGUUUGGUCCAGGAUUUUACUUUGUGUGUGUGUGUGUGUGUGUGUGUGUAUGUGUGUGUGUGUGUGUGAUAUAUGACAGGGCCACAUGGUUUAUGGCUUUACUAAAUCAAGUGGGAUGGCAUGAAUAUCACAGGUGAUCAAUCUUCACACACAGACAGCUGGACUUCAGUGUCUCAGUCACAACGUUCGCGCUGACACCAGGAGGAAAUACAGUUUUCAAUCCUUCCACCAUUAUAUUUCGUUUUUGUUUUUAGUUUUUUUAAACCGUUUGAGAAAGAUGAAAGGUCACAGCAUCCAGGUUUUCACACCUUACCCUCUUGUUUUCUGAGGGUAUUUUUACUCACUGUUUUUUUUUCUUUUUAGUUAAUUAUCUUGUGUACUUAUUUCUUUUUUCAAUCUUUCAUUUUUUUACUUAUUUAUUCACUAUUUUCUGCUUCUUUGCUAAGCUAGCUUGUUGUUUUAUUUGCUGUUAUUUCCAUAUUUUGUCACUGAUUUAUAACCUUUUUUUAACCAAAUUUUUUAACCAACUUUUUUACUUUUUCAGCCAUUUGUUGUUUUGUUAACUAACCAUUUUUAAAUAUAGUUAAUUGCUUUUUAUGUUUUUUGUUGUGAUUAGAUUAAUUUUAAACUUUGGGUUACUUUUUUAUUUUUAAAAUGUUUUACACGUCAUUUGUUUUUGUUUUUUAGAUGUUUUGUGCCGUUUUCACUUUGCUUUUUUGUUUAAAUCGCUUUUUUUUAGGGUUUUCUUUUUCCUGACUUAGGUAACUAGUUGAUUUUUUUAAAUUGUUUUUUUUAAAUAAUUUGUUAAGCAGUCUUUUGUCUUUUUUUAAUUGUUUAAUUAUUUUGCAUAUUUUUAACUAGCUGCUGUUUGUUGUUUUGGUUUUUUUUUCUUUUGUCCCCCUAGUUGUCCACUUAUCGCGUCUUGUAGUAUUAAGUCUUGUAGUCAGUUUAAGUAAAUAUCUUAAAUAUUAAGUGAAUAAACUUUUUUUUUAAAGAAAAGAAAAGAAAAAAAAGAAAGAGGGAGAGAGAAGAAGUGAAUAGUUUUGGGGUGUGGUUCUUGUUUGCUUUUUGGAUGACUAGUUACUUUUCUUGGUCUUUAUUAUCAAGUUAUUAGAUUUUUUUUAUUCACUUUUUUGCUAUUCGCUUUUUUCUACUAUUUAUUUAUUUAUUUAAUUAUCUUAUUAACUUUUUUUGUAUAGCAAAAAAAUCCUAGUCCUAGUUGUCUUUGCCAGACCCACUCACUGCUCUCAAUUUAUUUUACAGCCUUGUAGUCAAUUUAACUGAAUAUCUGGCCUUCCAAACUUUAAGAAAAAAAAAAAAAACACAAUAUAAAAACAUCAACAACUGAAGAAUGGAGAGAAAAAAGAAGAGAGAGUGAAAAAGUGAAACAUUUCAGAGCAUGACUCUCAUUUACUUCCUCCUCUUCCUCCUCCUCCUCCUUCUCCACCCCUCACUUCCCUCCCACUUGCACUCACUCCCUCAUUCACACACACACACACACACACACACACACACACACGCACACACAUCCACGCACACACACACUCAUCCAUAAUUGAUGCUCGCUCGGGGCCGAUGCUGCAGGGCUCAGGACUGAGGCAGUUGCUUAGUUUAUGGAGGAAAAAGGGAGCAAGAUGGUGGAAGAGGGUAAUCAAGACGCCCCCGCCCCACCGGAGCCCAUGGCCCAGCCAUACCCCUCCGCCCAGUUCGCCCCCCCUCAGAAUGGCCUGCCCACUGAGUACCCGGCGUCUCACCCUCACCCCGCCCCUGAGUACCCCGGCACGAGCGCCGUACCCGAGCACACGCUGAACAUGUAUCCUGCAGCGCACACACACAGCGAGCCCAGCGCCGACUCCAGCGCACACACUGUCUCCGGCACAGCUACGCAGACAGACGAUGCAGCACAGACAGACAGCCAGCAACAGACACAGUCCUCCGAAACCACGGAAAACAAGACGCAGCCGAAGCGGCUCCACGUCUCUAACAUUCCCUUCAGGUUCAGAGAUCCAGACCUCAGGCAAAUGUUCGGCCAAUUUGGUAAAAUCUUAGAUGUUGAAAUCAUUUUUAAUGAGAGGGGUUCUAAGGGUUUUGGUUUCGUAACUUUCGAAAGUAGUGCUGAUGCGGACAGGGCGAGGGAGAAAUUACACGGCACGGUGGUAGAAGGCCGUAAAAUAGAGGUGAACAAUGCAACAGCACGAGUAAUGACAAACAAAAAGACCGUCAACCCAUAUGCAAACGGCUGGAAGUUGAAUCCUGUGGUAGGUGCAGUCUACAGCCCAGAAUUCUAUGCAGUGCCAGGCUUCCCGUACCCAGCUGCCACGGCGGCUGCAGCCUACAGAGGGGCACACUUAAGAGGGAGAGGACGCACCGUGUACAACACAUUUCGGGCAGCAGCUCCUCCACCACACAUCCCAGCGUACGGAGGUGUCGUGUACCAGGAUGGAUUUUAUGGUGCAGAUAUUUAUGGCGGUUACGCUGCCUACCGAUACGCCCAGCCUGCCACAGCUGCCGCUGCCGCCUACAGUGACAGUUACGGACGAGUUUAUGCUGCCGACCCCUACAACCACGCACUUGCUCCAGCAGCCACAUACAGCGUUGGUGCCAUGAACGCUUUCGCACCGCUGACCGACGCCAAGACCAGGAGCCACGCAGACGAUGUGGGUCUCGUUCUUUCUUCGCUGCAGGCUAGUAUAUACCGAGGCGGAUACAGCCGUUUCGCUCCAUACUAAAAAAAAAAAAAAGGAAAUAUAAUACACACACCUAACUCAACUCAACUCAACUCAACG